GUCUGAAAUUCCUUCGAGGAAACAAAUUUUUAGGAGGUCGCAACGUUUUUGUUUUCCCCAACGACGAAAUAGCGAUAUUUGUCUUCUAUUUUAGUCAUUCCAUAAUCGAACAGAAUCGGAAAACAAUGGGGAAGAGGAGAAAGGCCACCACUGAACCGGCCCAGACGCGUUCUCGGGCAAAACGAGGUAGAAGUCGAGGCACCCGCCAGACAAAAACGAUAGCUGCCUCACACGCAACUCGGACGCUAGCUCCACCGGGAAGCGGUAGGCCUACGAGUACGACGGGGAAUGAGCCCGGACAAGCCCCCGCAGCCACUGCAGUAGGAGCAGCGCCAGAACCCAUUGACGUUGAGCAGGGUCGUUCAUCCGGCCGUUCACCCAGCCGUUCAGCUAAUAAGAGGCCAGCAGCUUCACAAGGGCCUGUGCUGCAAUUACCAUCCACUCAGGGUCAGACUCAGAGUUGUCCCAGGCCCAGCACUAGUAAUAAUACCGCAGGUGAGCCUUCUCGACCUGAAUACAUGUCAGUACAAAUACAAGAUCAUACAGAUUCGUUCUGCGUACCUGGCCAUACUAAUAAUAACAUUACAGGUCACGAAUCGCACAAUAUUAGAGAACGAAGUCAGUCUGGGAUGGUACGAGAGACCCCAUUCACAUCAUCCUUCCCCGCAAUUGUACCUCCUAGUGUUCAGAUAAGAACCGACCUAACUCAAAAUUCACACUGUGUCCAUGAUAAUGAGGCCACAGGGCCAAAUAACCAAACCAUAAUCAAUACAGAACGUAGACCUAACACAGAGAACAUGAAUAGAGGCUAUCACCACCCUCACCAUUCCCCGUUAAACCCUGUAGGUGACACACUGGGUGUAUCUAUUCCCCAAAGCAUAAAAGAAAAGAUUUGGAAGGGGGAGUAUGUGAAUCUAAAUCUGUUAGUUAACGCCCAAGAUGUAGCCUCCAACACACUGCGCGAAGCAGCAGAACAGAGAACUAAUCUGGCAAUAGCCGAGGAGGAAGGAAAAUGGGUGUUAAAGCCCUACAAUGCCCCCUCCAAAAACAAAAUCAUGUCCAUUGAAAUUUGGACAAAUGCCUUCCUAAUAUACAUGAGCGUCUAUCUGGCAGCAAAUCCACGACACACUCAUGAAAUUCUGAAGUACUGUCACCUCAUUCGUUCUGCUGCUUCACGCUACUACGGAUAUGGUUGGAGGGACUACGAUAUAGAAUUUCGGCACCGAUUUCAUGCCACAGGGGGUUCCUGGGCGGAGAUAAAUGGGGAGUUGUGGCUCCUCCACGUAGUAGGGGGUGGUUCUCCACGUUCGGCAAGGGGCCCUGCCCCCAUUCAUCAACAGUGGGUAAACAAAGAGGGCAAACGCCCAGGCGUGCCGGCUGCAAAUCUCGAGGUAUGAGUCAAUAAUGUUUCAAGCGGCAUUUUUGUUGGCUUUCUUUGGCUUCUUGAGGGUUGGAGAAUUCACGGUUCAGAGUCAGAGUGAUGAUGGGAGGAAGAUAUUGGCUAUAGAUGAUAUCCAAUGGGGUCAGGAAGAAAAUUCACAAUUCAUGUUGGUACAGAUUAGAUUUUCAAAGACAGACCAAUACGGGAGGGGUACCACGCUUAAAAUCAAAGAAAAUAAGACAGAGGGCACAUGCCCUGUCAAGGCUAUGGAGACGUACUUACGGGUACGGCCUAAAGGGAGAGGGCCACUUUUCUGCUAUAUGAAUGGCUCCCCCCUUUCCAGGUAUCAGUUCAAUGCAGUAUUGAAGAAGGCACUGUUUGUGUCGGGGGCCGGGGCUAACCAAUAUGGAACACACUCCUUUCGCAUUGGGGCAGCCACAAUGGCAGCCCUAAAGGGUAUACCUCCCGAGCAAAUUAUGACCAUGGGUAGAUGGCGUAGUGGUGCCUAUCUACGUUACAUAAGGUGACCUAUUGCGACAUUGUAACUACCACAGCUAACUAUGUGGGAAGGUUAUGUAAGCUAUGGGCAAACAAUUAUGGAUGGUUCCUGUGGUUACUACUCAGGAAGCAUACUUAUAAUUCGCUAUACUUGGUCGCAGUUUCAUCCACGUAUUAUUACAUUUAUUCAUAACUAUACAAUAAUAAUAAAGGUAGAAUCCAAUUAGCCGAGUAGUGGGUUUCUACAUGGGGAGCACAUUUGUAAUUUGUCUAAACAUGUAUGUAAGCAGAAGUAACACAAUAAUAAUAAAGAUAUAUCUAGCCGGCUAAUAACAAUGUAGACAAUUGGAUACUGCAUAGGGUGCAUAUUUGUAAUUACCCUUUGUGUGUGAACGGAUAUCCAAGUUCAUGAUGACAAUAAUGAGUAAUAAUUCAAUAUUCAUAUAGUGCCUUUCAAACUUUCUCAAAGCUCUUUACAUCAUACAUCCUAACCUACUUAUCAACUUAACUACAAUCAGUUGUCAAAGUACAAUAACAGAGAUAAUAGCCAAUCAGCUAUAAAUGUAAUAUGACAAGAAAGAUGUCAGUGCACUGGGCAUGUGUACAUGGGUAGAACAUGUUACUUCCGGGAACUCUCAUUUUUUUAUUGCAGAGGGGACUGGAAACUGGAUCUGGAUUGUAGGGGAUAGCCUGGUCAGAAGAGCAAAAGAACGAGCUUCACAACGCAACUAUCAGCAAUUUGGAGAGCGAGGUAUCGUGGUCCGCUGGCAUGGGCAAGGCGGCACCACGCUCCAGGAUCUCCCCAGGAUGGUCUCUAACCGGCUGAGAUGCGGCACUCCUCCUGCAUUAGCUAUUGUCCACUUAGGAUCAAAUGACAUCGGACAGUAUGAUGUCUGCCGGUACAGGAUGGCAAUUGACACAGCCAUCCAAGAUCUACGCACGAGAAUGCCGCACACCCAUAUCACCUGGUCUGGUAUUUUACCGCGGCUCUUCUACUAUGGUCGCAAGCAAGGCUCUAAUUCACAGGAGGCCUUGGAUGGAGUUCGUAAGUCUCUUAACAAA